UCGUCCUACCCUCCCACUAGCAAAUCCAUAGGGAUCUUCGUUUCCUCUGAUUGGCUGGGGAUGUGGCAACAAGGGGCGAAACAAUAGCAUCAUUCCUCCUUAAAAAGAGUGCAGCUAUGCCUUAGAGACGAAAGCAUUUCGGGAAGACAGAGAUCAAUAGCACAAAAUACGCUAAAGAAAUAAAGUUUAAAGUGCGCUCGUGAUUUCCUGAAUCUGGAUUUUAUUUAAACGCUUGAUUCAUACGCGUCUUUUUCUAAGUGCCUUUUUGUUAUCCGCCAAGAUGCCCAAAGGUUUUCUGGUCAAGAGAAACAAGAAAUCGACGCUUGUCUCCUACAGGAUUCGCAGUGAUGAAGAAGAGCAGGAUCAAAUGAAAGCCGUGCAGAAUCAAACGGAUUCAUCCCCUCCUCUUUCCGUCUCGUCCAGCCCUGACCGGGCUGCAGCCUCGCCAUGCCAUGUAGCAGAUACUCCUGUCUCGGAGCAGGAUGCUAAACCGGUCCAGUUUGGCAACCCGGAGACAGUGUACCAGGCGCUCUACAGCCCCACCCGGCCAAUCAGCAAAGAACACGACAGGAAUUUUUUCGAGAGAAGUUUCAAUCUGGGAUCCCCAAUUUCUGCCGAGUCCUUUCCGACACCAGCGGUUCUCACCACUUUAGAUCAGCUCCUAUUUGCCCCCGUGGACUUGAAGAUCGGUACGAGCAACAGCAAUCGGAGCGGAACCACCGGCUCCUUUCCCACUGCGACCCAGAGAAACGCCACUAAAAGGCCUCCCUCAGACGGCGAUCGCAAGAGUAAACCUAUAGCAAAAAAACCCAAAGCGAUCAGGAAACUGAACUUCGAAGACGAAGUCACCACCUCCCCGGUACUUGGUCUGAAAAUCAAAGAAGGGCCAGUUGACUUAAAACCAAGACAACAUUCAUCCGGAGGUAACAAACCUUUAGGGGAGUUCAUCUGCCAGCUGUGCAAGGAAGAAUACGCCGACCCGUUCUCUUUAGCGCAGCACAAGUGCUCCAGGAUUGUCAGAGUUGAAUACAGAUGCCCCGAAUGUGACAAGGUCUUCAGCUGCCCAGCGAACCUCGCUUCCCACCGGCGCUGGCACAAACCGAGACCCCAAAACGCCACCGCAACGUCAGCUCCCCAGAGCGCCAAACCCGACGUCGCCAAGGUGCCUUCUGGUGACAAGGCCGGGUCCGAAGACACGAAAGAGGCGAGGAUCGACGCGACGAGCGACAGGGACACCCCGAGCCCAGGCCUGUCGGAGUCCGGGUCGGAGGACGGCCUGUACGACUGCCACCAUUGCGGGAAAAAGUUUAAGCGCCAAGCUUACCUGAGGAAGCAUCUCCUGGGACACCAAGCCCUGAAAAAUAAAACCAGUCCAGAUCAGGGUCUUUACCCAUCAUUCCCCAACGCGGAGAACGGGGAGAAGUCGAAUCCGGUGCCCUCGUCUGACGAAAGCCAAAGCCAGGCUCCCCUGAAUCUAAGCCCCACAGUCCCGGAGUGCCACUUGUGCCCAGUAUGUGGCGAGAACUUUCCCAACAGGUCGAACCAGGAGCGCCACCUUCGUCUCUUGCAUUCGUCGCAGGUCUUCCCCUGCAAAUACUGCCCAGCCACUUUCUACAGCUCCCCCGGGCUUACGAGGCACAUCAACAAAUGCCACCCUUCAGAAAACAGGCAAGUUAUCCUCCUGCAAAUGCCUGUGCGCCCUGCGUGCUGAAAAAUAACAGAACAGUCGUCGUGCCUUUACGCGGAAGAAAAAACAACAAAAAAAAGUGGCGUCUUAAAAGAAAACACAAAACAAGCCUCCAUUCCUUAUGUUUAUGCGAACUAAUUUCAGCACAUACAGUUCUCACUGUGGAUUUAAGUACAAAAGUAAAAGGUCUGUCUUUCACACCAAUCGACGGGGGUUUAAAUCUUAUAUGGAACUAUAACUUGAAUUAUAUAUUUUCAGAUUCCUCUUAAGUUAGUUUAUUAAAUAAAGUAAAACGUUAGUUUGACUGUUAUAAGUAUUUUUAUAGGACUACUGCACAUGUUCUAUGUAUUAGCUCCUAGACCUAAGAGAGGGCUCUUCAGUAGGUAUACCUUAUCUUUAAAAUGCCUUUCAUUCACAGGCUGUAAAUUUCUCUAUCACUUUAUUAGCUUUAUUAUAGCUUGUGAAUCGGACAUGGAAAUUUAGCUUUGUCUUGGAACAAAUCAGAAGUCGGUAAACAUUCCUUUAGUGUAGCCAUAAAUGCCUUGAAUUAGAGUUCUUUUACACAUCUACAAUCUUGCUGUAUAACUGCCUUAAAAGUUAAAUGUCAUCAUUAAUGAUUGUUUUUUUUAUCUUGAAUGACGCUGGCACAUAUUUUAUUAUUAUUAUUGCAAUAUAUGUAUGUUUCUCUAUAAUUUUAUUUAUUUAUUUAAAUCGAAAUUAUUUUAUGUAAAUUAUUGUUUCGUGUGAUUCGUUAUGUGAAUUAUUCUGACAUUUUUACAUGUUUUAGCCAAAUAUUCCCUUUGUCGAAUUAAUCUGCUGAGUUUUUAUAAAUGUCGUGGAUGGUUUACAAAUUUACUACAAUCUACACAGCUCUUGUAAAACGUAUAGUUUACUUUAGAUGCAAUCUUUUCUAUACACAGCUUAUUUUCUUAAAUGUUAGCUUUUAUAUAGCGCUUCAAUCGUAUGUUUUCAACUGUGUUUGCUAUCUACUCGAAUAAAGUAUUUUCAAAACGA